AUGUGGGUGUUUGUGUUACUUCCCAUUCUCACGGCUCUCUUUGGAAUAGGCGGCUUCUGGGCAGUGUUUGCCGUCUCUGUGGUAAACGGAUCGGUCAACCUAACCAAAGGAAUGCCGUACAUCAGCGACAGCGCAGGUUACCCACCUCAGAGCUGCAUCUUCGCCCAGACCUUCGUCGUCAUUGCGCUGAUCAGAUUUAAGCAAGCCGCAGACUUCGGCUACAAAGGAAAGGCCAAUGUUGUUGGUUUUUGGCUGGCUUUCGUUUCUUGUCUUGGACUGUCUAUAACUGGGAACUUCCAGGGACCUGUCAUUUUUGAACUUCACUUCUUCGGAGCUUUUGUGGCGUUUAUCUUGGGCCUGCCCUACUUCUGGAUCCAGCUGUAUUUAACUUACCGAGUCGAGCCCUCUGUAGACCGGGCCUGGUUGGGACCUUUGAGGGGUAUCCUCUGUGUCCUCUCUUCCCUCUCGUUGCUUGGCAGUAUCCUUUCAUUCUGUGUUUCUAAGGCCCCUCUAGCACCCCCUGUGUGUAUUUGCAACAUUGAGUAUGAAUCUGAAGGAGCUAUCUGCGAGUGGAUCGCUGUCAACACAUUAUUCGGCAUGUUUGGCCUCUUUGCAGCUGAAUUCAGACACAUCGACUCCUGCAAACUCACUGUACAGAAGACGGCUUUGAAGACUGACGGCUGCCCUUCAUCAGUGGAAAUUAACAGUCAUGCUGUUUAG